AUGCUGUUGAAACGGAUUCCCCUUACAUCUAUAGCUGCUAGACGCUACGCAAAAGGAGAUGCUCCUUUACAUGAGAACCUGAUGAACGUUCCGACCGGUAAAAGUGAUGUGGGCUUCUCAACACGAUUAACAUACUUGUCAAAGGAAGUUACGGAUUCAUAUGUAAGUAUUCUUAUUGUUUUUUAAUGAGUUUAGGCAAAAUUAACAUUUAAGUAGGUUAAAAGAACGUCAAUAUUGCUUUAAUUCUACAUUUUAGGUGGGAAUUCGUGGAAUGAGUGCGAUUGGUUUCCGACUGUACGACUUCAACUUUCUUUGGGGUCCUAUAGCUGUGUUUCCGACUGUUGCAGUUUCAUGGAAAGUUUGUCGACCUGAGGACAUAAAUGAGGAAAGUUUGGGCUUGUUCUUUGCUCUUCGGCCGAAAUUAGAUGUGCUAGUUUUGGGAGUCGGGGCUAGGAAGAACCUUGAUAUAGUCAGGAGGAAUGUUGCUAAAUUGUCUUCUAAAUAUAGAGUUGGAAUUGAAUUAUUAGUAUCGGUAAGUUUAGUGAUAGUAUAUCUGUUAUUAAGCAAAUAACUUUAUAUUAUAUAAUUUAAAAUGUUUUUUAUUUCAGUUUUAAUUUGAGCAAGAUAUUAAAAUUUUCUUCAGGAAGAAGCCGUGACUACGUUUAACUACCUGAACGAAGAGCGUCGUUAUGUAGCUGGAGCCUUCUUUCCACAAGAAGAUCUGAAAGUCUCCGAAGAAGAGAACGUACAAUCAUUAGCGAUGCAUCAAUCUCGAGAUCACUUACCUGGCAAUCCUUUAUUCAGCACUUUAUGUAAUCCUUUCAACGAGCCUCAAGGUAUUCUGAAUCGAAUGUACGGUGAAAACGACAAAUCUCGAGAAGCCAUGGAGAUGGUGACGAAGAUACGAGAAAUGGAUAUGGAGAUUAAGAGAGCUAAACGAUUGGAGAGGUAUCAACGUGAGGAAGAACAGCUACGUCGACCUAUGAUAACAAGAGGUGAGGAUGGCAAGUUCAUUAUUGGAGACAACAAUCCUCGGCAGACUAACAGGUUACGAGAAAGUCGAGAGGAUGAGGUGACACGACGGCUUCUGGAAGGGGAUUCUGGGGACAAGAAGAAGAAGGAUGAAUAA